UUCUAACUAGUCUGUAAUAGUAACCUACCUCAAAAGGGAAGAAAAACUGGGACUGCUUUGAUCAUGUAGGAUUACCUUGGGAAUACGCUAUUUUUUGCACUAAAGAAGCAAGACAUUUAAAUCGAAUUACCUGCGCUCCCGGGAUUUACCUGUAACGCCAUCUAUUUCAAUACAUUUCCACACCUUUUUUUAUGCUGUUACCUGUACGGAAGUGAGUAUAAAGGGUUAGGCACGUAAGUAUGUCUGAACAACAUUCAGUGUCGGCGAUACCUUUCCAGAAACGACAUUGAAGACUAAUGGAGAUCUUACUGCUUAGUCUUAUUCUUCUACAAAAUCUCUGCGAUGUGGAAGGAACUUGUUCAUCGGGAAGCGCAAGAAACUGCGAGGACUGCUUACGACUUGGACCACACUGUGCCUGGUGUUCUCGGGAGAAUUUUACAGAUUCAUUUUCCACAAAUGAGAGGUGUGACACUGUGGAAAACCUCGAACGUAAAGGGUGUCCAGUAGAGUUUAUCGAAUUUCCAGUCACACGAAUGCUGAUUCACACCAGCAAUGCUCUGGGCAAGGACGGCAACUCCAGUGUCACACAUAUUGCUCCACAAAAAAUGUCGCUGGAACUACGACCAGCAAGCAAGAUCACAUUUCAAAUCACUGUUCAGCAAACCGAGGAUUACCCGGUGGAUGUUUACUAUCUGAUGGACUUGUCGGCUUCUAUGUCUGAUGACCUUGAAAUGAUCAAGGAUUUAGGAUCUACCCUUUCCAGGGAAAUGGCCAAGCUGACAAGUAAAUUCAGGCUGGGCUUCGGAUCUUUUGUUGAAAAACCGGUACUCCCUUUUAUUAAAAUCACCCCAGGAGAGUUGGAGAACCCCUGCAGGAGCCAUGAAAUGCACUGCUUGCCUACAUUUGGAUAUAAGCAUGUACUACCACUUACAAGCAGUGCAGAAAAAUUUAAUGAUAUCAUCACCAAGCAAAAGGUUUCGGCUAACAUUGACCUACCAGAAUGUGGAUUUGAUGCUAUUAUGCAAGCAGCUGUUUGUGGGGAUAAGAUUGGGUGGAGGAAUGAUUCUAUGCAUCUAGUGGUGUUUGUUAGUGAUGCUGACUCUCAUUUCGGAAUGGACAGUAAAAUGGCAGGGAUUGUCAUUCCCAAUGAUGGAAAAUGCCACUUGGACAGCAACAAUGAAUACUCCAAAUCAACUGUUUUGGAGUACCCAACGCUUGGACAACUAAUUGAAAAGCUUGUGGAAAACAACAUUCUUCUGAUUUUUGCUGUGACUGAAAACCUAAAAAAUAACUAUGAUAAUUAUGCACAAAUGAUUCCAGGUGCCAAAGUUGGAGUUCUCCGUGAUGACUCGAAAAACAUCCUUGAACUCAUUGUGACAGCAUAUAAAGGACUGCGCUCAGAAAUAAAAAUGGAAGUUAUAGGUGACACUAGUGACCUACAGAUUUCUUUCACCUCUCUAUGUCGUGAGGGAGAAGUUGUUCCUGGGCAGAAAUACUGUUCUCAUGUGAAAGUAGGAGACAAGGUUUCCUUUAAUGUUACUGUGGAAUUGUCCAACUGUCUGAAGAAUCCCAAACACUUUUCAAUAAAGCCAGUAGGAUUCCAGGAUGCCCUAGAGAUUGAGAUUCAGGCCCUGUGCAGCUGCAACUGUCAUCAGGCACCAGAAUUGAACAGCACCAGGUGCAGUGAAGGCAAGGGAACCUUAGAGUGUGGGAUGUGUGUGUGCAACUCUGGCUACAUGGGGCCCCACUGUGAGUGCACAGAAGACAGUAUGCAAACCAGCAACUGCAAGGAGCAGCCUGGGGCUGAGUCCUGCAGUGGCCAAGGAGAGUGUUACUGUGGGGAGUGUAUCUGCCAUCCUUCCAGCUUUGGGAACAUUUAUGGAGCUCACUGUGAAUGUGACGACUUCACGUGUAUGAGGUUUCGAGGAGUUCUGUGUGGAGGUCAUGGUGACUGUGACUGCGGAGAAUGCCUUUGCCACAGUGGCUGGACUGGUGAAUACUGCAACUGCACCACCAGCACAGACUCCUGCUUGUCCAGUGAGGGAGUUCUAUGCAGUGGCAGAGGGAAGUGUGUCUGUGGUCAAUGCGUUUGCUCAAUUCCUGGCGCUUCGGGUGACAAGUGUGAAAAAUGUGCCACGUGUGGGGAUUCCUGCAGCUCUACAAGAGGUUGUGUGGAAUGCCACUUGUUUGCAAAAGAGCAGUCUCUUGAGGAAUGCCACCAGAAAUGUAGUGCACUUCAUAUAACAGUCAACCAGACAUCAGACAAUAUAGGAAGUGAGUCUCUUUUCUGCACUUUAAAGAGUGAAAAUGAGUGCGUUAUUUCAUUCUAUGUGGUGGCUAAUGAGCACGGAAACAGCGUUUACAACCUAAAACAAUCUGAUUGUCCUGAACCACCAAACAUAAUAAUGAUUGUGUUGGGUGUUUCAUUGUCAAUUCUUACCAUUGGAAUCAUCCUUCUAGUCAUCUGGAAACUGCUUGUCUCUGUGCAUGACCGAAAGGAAGUGGCUAAAUUUGAAGCUGAGAGGGCAAAGGCUAAAUGGCAGACGGGAACAAAUCCACUUUUUAGAAGUUCAACAUCAACUUUUAAAAAUGUGACAUACAAAAACACUGGAAAACAAAAAGUUGACAUCUCUGUGGAAAAAUACUGAUGGCAAAUGUAUUUCAUCCUAAAAUUACGUUUAUGAAGCCACGUUGUGAACUGCUCGUGUGCAUUUUCACUACCUUUGUGUGAGUGUGUGUCUGUUAAAAAACACUGUUGUAACAUUUCAGAACAGGUACCAUUUAUGGUCAUGGAUUUCUACAUUACAGAAAUCCCCUGUGAAGCACUAGUAAAUACUUUAUACAUGCCUUAUUAAUGAUACAGAAGGGCAUGCAAUAAUCCAUUAUUACCAAAGAAAGGUAACAAGUACCUAACCAGCCUUUAACAUGUUGUCCAUUUGAUAUGUUAAGUGCUAAUAAGUUCAUCAUACAUACUGUAUCUUACAAAAAUGCCUUAGAGGUACUUAAAAUAAAGUGUAACCAACACUGUACAGUAUAUGCUGUCACAAAAUUACAUCAUGGUGAUUUCUGACUUCACCUACCAAUGUUUAGAUAUUUACAUCAAAAUGAAUAGUUUCUUAUCAAAAUUUAACUUUGUGUGUUUCAGGGAUAUUUCCACUUAAUGCACUACAAAUUUGCUGCUUUGAAUUAACAAGAGAAAUAAGACACAGAAAAAUGUAACUACUGAUACUAAUGUUUGAGUUGAACACUGGAUGUUUUUGUUGUUUUGUACAUUUUGUCUUUGAAAACUGAACAAGUUUAGACUCAUGAGCACUCAAGUGCAGUACAGAAUAGAGGCAAUUUAGGUUGAGUUUGUUCUUUUUUAAGAGAAAAGUGUUAAAAAUGAAAGAAACUUUUUUUAAGUAUACCUGUUUCAUUAAGGCUGCGCCUUUAUUGGAUCAAAACUAUGUUUUGUACUGUAAAUGGAAAUACUAUAUUUUAGCUUGUUUAGAAAAUAUGACAAUA